GUGUGUGUGUGUGUGUAGUCUCUUUUCAUGAGGUCGGUCACAAAAAGGUCACGUAUAAUCUUUUGAACAAAAACAGAAAUAGAGGAAAGCUGCAAAAAUGUCAUGGUGUCGCAUCCUGUCCGGCUCCCCCAAAAAACUUAAUUCGAUCAGCCUAAAAAUAGCGCGAAUUGGCGCGAUUCUCCUUAAAAAGUUCCUCCCAGCCCAGCUAUUUGUGGAUCACGCUUGCACAAGCGCGCAAACGAGGGCCCGACGGCAAUACAAUGAGAUUGGAGAUUAGAAAUCGUGGCCCUGUUUGACAGGAUCAGCUUUAGGGAUAAAUCUGAGACGCGGACCCACUUCAGAUCACUCUGCAAACGCGCUCAGGACCUCCAGACCCAAGAAGGGAAAAACAAAAAGCAGUUGUUUACAAAAUAACGUCGCAGAAUCACUCAGGAGGCAGAAACGAUGUACGAGUACUUGAGUAACAGUUGUACGUGCACAAACGUCUUGGGUGCGUUUGUGCUGCUGUGGAUUUUGGUGUGGUUCUACCGGGACAACCUGGAGAUCACCAAGGUCUCAGAGAAGCAUGUUUUUGUGACCGGUUGCGACUCUGGGUUCGGCCACCUACUAUGCAAACGUCUGGACAAACGGGGUUUCCGCCUCCUAGCCGGGUGUCUUACAGAAAAGGGCGCAGAUGAUUUGAAGAGGGCCACAGGACCUUUCCUGAAGACCUGCAUCUUAGACGUGACUAGCACAGCCAGCAUUCAGAAGGCUUUGGAAUGGACCAAAAAAGAAGUUGGAGAUAAAGGGCUUUGGGGUCUCGUGAACAACGCCGGCCGCUCGCUUCCCAUGGGUCCGUCGGAGUGGAUGAAAAUCGAAGACUUCGAAAGCACGCUCAAGGUCAACAUGACUGGUGUGAUCGAGAUGACCAUGAACUUCUUUCCUCUUGUCAAAAAAGCCCGUGGACGAGUGGUGAACGUUGCAUCCGUCUUGGGAAGAGUGGCAGCUAACGGCGGAGGGUACUGCAUCUCAAAAUUCGCAGUGGAGAGUUUCUCUGAUUGUCUCAGGAGGGAUAUCCAGAAUUUUGGGGUCAAUGUGUGCAUCAUCGAACCCGGUUUCUUCAAGACGCAGGUGACCAGCUUGGACCCCAUAGAGAGGGAACUUCAUCGCCUCUGGAACCAACUGACCCCUGAAGUGAAGGAGAGUUAUGGAGACAAAUACUUGGAAAAAUACAUCAAUAUCCAGAGGCUGAUCAUGAACACCAUAUGCGACUCCGACCUCAGUAAAGUGACCAACUGCAUGGAGCACGCUCUGCUGGCCGUCCACCCAAGAACACGCUACAGCGCAGGCUGGGACGCCAAGCUCUUGUGGAUUCCCUUGUCUUACAUGCCUGCUUGUGUUAUAGAUAUUGCGCUGAAGCUGGUGUUGCCAAAGCCUGCAAAAAGUGUCUAGAUUUGAAAGUAAUUUUUAGGCAGGAUGCUUUUUACUCUUACCUUUCAUUCCUCUUAUGACACACUGGAUGACGCUCUAUUAUGGGUUCGGCACCUAGAGUUUACAAACACUGUGUGUCUGUAAAUGAAUAGUGUAAGUUAUGACACUAACAGCAUGUUGUAUAUUUAUGAAAAAUUAUACGAAGUAGUUGAAUGGUGCCUUAAAAUGCAUCACCGGUUCGUGCCUUGUUUCCAUAGAGUGCCACUGACUUAUAUUACUUAGCCUGUAUUUGUCUGAAACUGUCAGAGUUAGUUGUUUGCAUGGAAUUCAUAUAACGCAACUCAAUAAAUGCAUAUUUUGUGUGCCUUGUGA